AUGCAUUCACCUCCAAAGUCAUUAGUUCAUCAACCAUUUAUUAAUUGGAAAGAUGCUAUUGAGUACUUUAAAAUACAUGAAAGUAAUGAGUAUCACAAAUUUUCUAUGGCUAAAGUUACAGAAUUCUUAAAAAUAGUUGAUAAAAAACAAAACGACGUCUACAUCCAGUUACAUAAAAGAAAUGAGAGUGAAAUAAAAAGGAAUAGAGAUAUUUUAAAAGUUAUAAUUAAAACAGUAAUUCUUUGUGGGCGCCAAGGACUUGCUGUUCGAGGUGGCCAUGAUUCAGGUACCUUAGAUUUGAAUUUUCCAUUACAUAACGACGGUAAUUUCAGAGCUCUGUUACGUUACCGUAUUGAUAGUGGUGACGAUUUGUUUUUAAAUAAUAUUAAAAGUUGUGCUGAUGAAACAACUGAUGUUAGUAGAGUUGAACAGUUUUCUCUUUGUAUAAGGUACUUUGAUGCUGAUGUAAAUAAAAUAAGAGAAUAUUUUUUACAAUUUGUACCAGUACAUAGUACUACAAGAAUAGAGCUAGCAAAGACAAUAAUAAGUACAUUGAGUGCUUUAGGAUUAAAUUUACAGCAUAUGAGAGGCCAAGGAUACGAUGGAGCAGCAAAUAUGGGAGGAGUAUUUAGAGGAGUUCAAGCACUUAUAUUAAAAGAAUAUCCUAAAGCUCUAUACACUCACUGUUUCUCUCAUUGUUUAAAUUUAUGCCUAAAUGAUGCUUCUAUAGCUCAACAAAUUAGAAACACAUUAAAUAUAAUUCAAGAGGUAAGUUCUUCUUUUCGAAUGUCAGCCAAAAGAUCACAUAUAUUAAAUACAAAAUUAGAAAGCAAACCAUUUUCUGGGUUAAAAAAUAUUGUGAAACCAGAUGGGUUGAAAGACAUGAAGCUCUUUCAAUAUUUGUCGAUGGUUUUUUAA